AUUUUUCUCCAUAUCUAGUAUAUUCAUAUAGCGUGCUGUGCACAACUCCUUACUCAUAAUCAAUCCCUUUUAGCUUCUCCUUAUUGCACCAUUUAUUGACUUUUCAUCACUCAUUUCCAACAACUAUAGAGCUAGCAAUGUGGGAAUCGGUAGCAGGGAAGAGGUUUCGUAUAGGUUACGCUCUUUCACCUCAAAAGAUCAGCACAUUUAUGAAACAUUCUCUGAUAAUCCAUGCCCGAGAUAGAGGUGUUGAUUUCAUUCAAAUUGAUCUCACCAAGCCAUUGAUCGAACAAGGUCCUUUCGACUGCGUCAUUCACAAGCUAUAUGACGCGGAGUGGAAGAAACAGCUCGAAGAAUUUUCACUCAAGAGCCCUACCACUUUCAUAAUCGACCCCUUAAAUGCCAUCGACAAGCUCCAGAAUCGAGUCACUAUGCUCGAAUUCGUCAACGAAUUGAAAAUCCAGAAUCUCGGAACUCCUUUGCAGGUUUUCGUUUCCGAUGAAUCAUCGGAAGCUCUGCAGGACGCUAUGACUCGUGAGGGCUUAAAAUUUCCAGUAAUUGCUAAGCCAUUGAUAGCAGAUGGCGCUGCGAACUCACAUCAAAUGUCUUUAGUCCUAAACCAAAAUGGACUAACAAAACUAGACCCGCCAAUCGUUCUACAGGAAUUUGUGAACCACGGGGGAGUCAUUUUCAAAGUUUACGUAGCAGGUGAUCACGUAAAAUGCGUGAAAAGGAAGUCGUUACCUGAUAUAAACGAAGAGAAAUUGAACACCAGCAGCUCAGAGAACUUGAUAUCGUUUUCAAGGAUAUCUAACUUUGCUCCUCAAAAUCAGAGUGAUCGCGAGAGUUAUGCAGAGAUGGUGGAGGCGAUGGAGAUGCCGCCUUUGAGCUUUGUAAACGAAGUGGCUAGUAGGAUGAGGGAUGCUCUGAAGCUGCGUCUAUUUAACUUUGACAUGUUGAGGGACAGUAGAAUCGGAACUCGAUAUCUUCUUGUUGAUAUCAAUUAUUUUCCUGGUUAUGCUAAGGCCCCCGAAUUCGAAACCAUGCUGACUGAUUUCUUCAUUGAUAUUGCACACAAGAAGCGAAGCAGAGAGAGUGGUAAUUUGGACCAGAUGGAGAAUAAGAUGAUGGAGGCAGAUUCUAAUGGAAACGAUCUAUAAAUCAUGCAUAUUAUGAUCAAUGGAUUUUUACUGUUUCAAGAUGUUCAUUUCGUUGUAAAAAUAGUUUGGUGACUUUCCUGUAACGCAAUAAAAGUUGGAGUGAGUAUUCGUGAAAUUAAUCA